AUGCGCGCGACCUGGGGAACGAUACUGAGGAUCUCGACUUGGGUGGUCCUGCUGAAGCUCACUGAGAUCAGGAGCAAGGAGAGCUGUUAUUAUGUGACCUUCACCUAUGCGAAUUGGACGGAUGACCGACCCCGGUUUAUUGUCAACAUGACCUUCUCGAACCAGACUGGCAUCGGCUCAAUAACCACCAUUAACGAGGAGAUUGCCUCACCGGUGUCCCGCAUCCUUAUCCUUCAGCACUCCGGCCGGCAAAAGCCUCGCACCGUAUACAACGCUUCCACCAAGCUGUGCGACCUGCAGAAUGUCUUCAAUUCAGUACCGCUUUUUAAGCCAGCCAAGGACAACAUGCUCAAGCAAAGUAACUACACGCUGAGCUGUCCGCUGGUCAAAGGCACAUACGCCAUGCACAACAUGCGCGUCAGCCCCAAGAACCCACUUCUGAGCCUCCUCUACCAACCGAAGCACACUUUCUCCGUGAGUGGCGGCUUGUUUGAGGAACUUUCGCGGGGCCGCAGGCUCAGACCGCUGUCCACCUAUUUCAUGACUGGAAAGGUUGUGAAAAAGUCCUGUGGAUCCAACGAAUAA